GGCCAACAUCCGCUCAUAAUCAAAUCUAGAAAGCUAUUUAUACUGGAUUCGAUAGCCCUUAGCUAUCCAUAAAGAGUGCUUCUGCUCUCGUAAGCGUCGUUUUCGCUUAAGCAGCUUGCCCGCUCUUUUCUUGUCAAGCUCUGUUCUCCCAAAUAGGCCAAUUGGUCCAAGAAGACGGCAAACUGGUACAAUGACCUGCAAUAUAUGUCCUUGCUUGCUGAGAGACUUUGCGCCGCAGGACAACUUGGUCUUCAAGACCUUGAUGAUCGCAAAAUGCCUGCUAUCGUGUUCAAACAGAUAGAGAACUUCCCCAUAGCUCACUAUGUCAUUGUCGUCAACCUCAGGGGCUUCAUGCGUCGGCUCACUGAACGCGACCUCGCUUCCACACUUCACAACGAAGAUCUUUGUGGUGCUCUGUCGACUGGCCACUUGACACCUUGGCCACGCUCACACCUUGGCGUUUGUAGGCUGAGAACUGGAAGAGUGUAGCGCUAGCGAAUCUU